CUCUCUGCGAUCUCGCCGCUGUCUGUCGUUCGCUUCAGCACUUCAGAGAGUACCCUGGGCCGUGUCUGUCCUUGCUUUUUAGUCAAAAUCCUGUCGACGUCCAGACUUGGGAACCCCCCACUUUUCCUUUCCAUUUUUCUUCACGCCCAGCAACAUCAGCCCUUCAACUCUACCGGGCGUAAACACAGACUUGCAUUCGAAGGAAGACCUCGACGGGAGCUGAACCGCUGGCCUUUGGUGCCAGCCAGCCCAUCAUGGAUUCUAUGCGGUCCCUCAACAGUUCCUUACCUUCAUCAUCAUCAUCAUCACAACCCCCCGAAGUGCUACUUCAAGCUUUCAAAACCGCCGCCCUCUCUGUCACAAACCUCUACAAGAGCGCUGUUGCCGACCAAACACAGUCACGACACCUCGGCUAUCAGGAUGCCCUCGAAGACCUUCGAGCCUUUCUAGAUCGAGAAGGAAUUGGCCUCGGCGACGGCGAAGCCAACAAGGUUCGCAGCUGGAUAGCAGACAGGAUAGAUGGCACAGGGGCCGCUGCAAAUGACAGUGACGAUGAACGAGUGGAUUGCGAGAAGAGAAACCGAAGCACUUCGCCCAACACCGUGCGGAAAGACACCGCUGACGCUGCUCGCGCAAAUCGACAAUCCAGAUCCGCGUCUCCACCCCGACCUGAACCUACAAUCCAACCCCAGACAUCGUCCACAAACGAAUCCGCCACUUUCGCUCGCCCUCCGCUCUUCACCUUCACUGCCGGUCCACAAUUCCCUGCUCCGCCGCAAGAGGACGUUGAUAUGCGGACGUCUGACGGUUCUGCCCCGACGCAGGCCGAUUCCCAAGUCAGCCCUCCACACAUAACCUCCCCUUCCGUCCGGCUCGAGGUCCUUCCUCGCGGGCCUCGUACCCCUCACCGAAGCAACUCCCGACACAAUGGCCGCUCAUCGACGAGAGAUCCGGCGGCGACCAUCGGAUCGAAACGAAAAUUCCACUUUGGCGACUUCUUCGAUAUUUCAAACAUAGGGAAUGGAAAGGAUGUCUUUGGGGGAGGCAAGCGGGGCCGGUUCAUAUAGGCAAGCAUUGCGAUUUGUUUUCAUGAUAGAUGAGAAGCAUUGCUAUAUUGGUUGCCACUGAUGAUCUAUACGCUUAAAGCAUUCUGCGGAGUUCCCCCAUUGUCCUUUUUUUUUUGGUAAUAUUAUACUUUUUUUUUGUCGAUGUGCAUAUAAGAUGUCGCUGUAGAUAGCUUUCCAACAUGAUACCCAUGGUUCCUGCCAA